AGUACACUGGACAGGACUCAACUGUUACGCAGACAGGAUAUGUAGCCUAUGUUGUUGCAGCCGCAACCUACCUUCCUUCAGCCUGAAUGAGGUAUUUUCACAUUAAAUACGGCCACUGGGAUCCGAUCGACUGAGGAGGAAGAACGAAAGGAAGAGAGGUGACAGCCAACAGGCAUCUGAAGGUCGUUCUGUCAUCGGAUCAAUAGCCCCAGGGACAUGGCCAGGAGAGGGGUGGACACCAGAGGCAGAUGAGUCCAGGAUCUAGUCACCUGCAUGGCCCCGUGGAUCUGCAGCGUAGUGAGGGUUUACCAGAGCUAAGUCUCAGACUUGCCUACUUUUGACCAGGAUGACCAAUAGGCCGGUCCGCUCUGUGUCAGGGUGCACCACCACUGCCAACUACUGGGCUAUUAUACGGGAUCAGUGAAGCUAUCACGAUAAGUGUCAAUCAGCCAGACCAAACUUCGUCCCUGACUUCAUCCACCCCCAACAGGAGAAUGCCCUCUGAGCCUCCUCUCGGUUCCCAGGAGCUGCUGACAGGCCAGAGGCUCUGUCAGUCCAAGUCGCACCAGGACUCCGUCCUCUCCGCCCUCAACCAGCAGCGCAAGGAUGGCCUCCUCUGUGACGUCACACUGGUUGCCGGGGAGCAGAAGUUCCAUGCCCACAAGGCGGUGCUGGCAGCGUGCAGCGAUUACUUUAGAGCCAUGUUCAGCUUGUGUAUGAUGGAAAGUGAGGCGGACGAGGUCAACUUGCAGGGGGUGACUUGUGUGGGACUGAAGCACGCCCUUGACUUCGCUUACACAGGACAGAUUGUGCUAGAGCCGGGGGUGAUUCAGGAUGUGUUAUCUGCUGGGAGCCAUCUGCAGCUGCUGGAGCUGCUCAGCUUGUGUUCCCACUACCUCAUACAGGAGCUGAGCAUUCUGAACUACCUGGACCUGUACAGGCUGGCCGACCUGUUCCACCUGCCAGCGCUGGAAGAGGCGGUAGUGGGCUUCCUGGUGGAGCACCUGGCUGAGCUGCAGCACUCCCACCAGGAGGAGGUGCUGUUGCUCCCCUACCGCCUCCUCAAGGAGGCGCUCAAGAGUGACCGCCUCACCUCACUCAGCGAGGAGGAGAUCUGGCAGCUGGUGGUGCGUUGGCUGGAGCAGGACUGCCGCUACCAAUACGCCGAGGACUUGCUCCAGCACGUGCGCUACGGCCUGAUGGCGCCGUCGGCUCUGCAGCACCUGUCGUCGCGCGGGCACCCGCUCCUGCGCGCCAGCCUGCUGGAGGAGGCCCUGGAGUACCAGCGCGCCACCUUCGCCCAGCCCCUGCGCCAGACGGCCCGCACGCGGCCACGCUUCCGCUCCCUCACCCUCUACGUGGCCGGCGGACGCAAGCGGGAGGUCAGCCGGGUGCGCGAGCUGCGCUACUUCAACCCGCCGGGGACAGGGGUCGGAGGGACGGGGCAGACGGACGGAGGUGGCGGGCAGCAGAUGCAGGGGGUGGGGACGCGCGUGCCGGGGGGCUCAGACUGGAGCGAGCUGGCACCCAUGCCGGCCGGCCGGAGCCACCACUGCGUGGCCGUCAUGGGUCACUUCCUGUUUGUGGCGGGCGGCGAGGUGGAGCAGAGCAACGGGCGCACGUGUGCGGUGCGGAGCGCCUGCCGCUACGACCCGCGCGCUGACCAUUGGACGGACAUCGCGCCCAUGAAGGCGUGCCGGGAGCACUUCGUCCUUGCUGCGCUCGGACAGUUCCUCUUCGCCGUGGGCGGACGCAAUGAGCUCAGGCAGGUGCUGCCAUCCGUCGAGCGCUACUGCCCCAAGAAGAACAAGUGGACGUUCGUCCAGCCAUUCGACCGCUCGCUGUCUUGCCAUGCCGGGUGUGUGGCGGACGGGCUACUCUGGGUGUCAGGCGGAGUAACAAACACAGCCCAGUAUCAGAACAGAUUGAUGGUGUACGACCCUCUUCAGGACCAGUGGUUGGCACGUAGCCCCAUGCUGCAGCGGCGUGUGUACCAUGUGAUGGCCGCCGUGAGGAGGCAGCUCUACGUACUGGGCGGCAACGACCUGGACUAUAACAACGACCGCAUCCUGGUGCGAAACAUCGACUGCUACCACAUAGACGCCGACCAGUGGACGCGCUGUUCCUUUAGCUUGCUUACAGGCCAGAACGAGGCAGGGGUAGCAGUCCACGAGGACAGGAUAUACGUGGUUGGAGGCUACUCCAUAUGGACUAAUGAACCGUUAGCCUGCAUUCAGGUGCUGGAUGUGAGCACCGAGGGGGCGGAGGAGGUGUUCUACGGUCCCAGUCUGCCCUUCGCCUCCAACGGGAUCGCCACCUGCUUCUUACCUGCGCCCCACUUCUCCUGCCCCAACCUACAGACUCUACAGGUUCCUCAUCACAGGAUAGGAACGCUUUAACACACACACACACACACACACACACACACACACACACAAAUCAGAUGCUCUAUGAAGAACUAUAAACAUCUCCUACUGCCUCAAUACACCGAGAUGCAAAUAAAACCAACACAAACCCACUUCCUGAGCCCAGAGCCUAUGCGAAGGCUGCUGGCGCGACGGCCCUUCGGCAACAUGUCUUAGUAAUUCAACAUGUGGGUCCAGCUUGUACGCGCUUUGCUUUCUGGAGAGAGAAGACACAAGGCUGGACCCUGGAUCUCUGUGGAGAAACGCCAGAGAUGGAAAUCAGAGAUUACUGUGUCAAAACACCAGAAGCAGUCAGUCAAGCCCCUUCAUGACUAAUGCACUAUUUGAGAUUAUACCAGCUGUCUCCCGAUGAAGCCAUGUGUAUGUACUACUUACAGUGCCUGUUUCAUUGCAACCACACUAGUGUAGUUCAGUGUCUCAGUGUCUUCUACAGAGUGGCUAAGAAUAGUUACAUAUUGAUUGAUAUGUUAUAUUUGCAUAUACCAUGAAUAAGUACUGAGUAUGGCUGUGUUAUACAAUGAUAAUUAGUGUGCUAGAUUGUAAUUAAUGGUUAUGAGUUACAAUGUACGGAGGGCACAGUGGUAUGAAGUGUUAUUUGACAAGCAUUUCUGAACAGUGCACAGAUGAACAGGUAGAUUGCCCAGACAACCCCAGUGAGAAGAAUUUUAAGACUGCAGAUCUUGUAGCAAGGGCUUUUUUGUGAGCUGCUGGUGUGUGUAUCCAGUGUCACGCUUGUGUGUGUGUGUGAGCGGUGUUGCCAUUCUCACCGUAUCUCUCAGCGCCCUAGCAUCUUCUGACACAACAGAGGGCUUUUGUGAUGUCCUCCCGGGCACCCUGGCUCUCGGCAUCUUUACCGUUCAGAUCUCUGGGCAGUUUCAGCCGUCGUCCCAGCAUGUCCAGAGGCACCGUGACCAAGGCUCUCCCGUAUGCUUUUUUUUGCCUGAGCCCCCCCCGCGCGCCCACGCCCGCCUGCCCACCCUCUUGGUCUCCUCUUCUUCUUGGAGUGAUCAGGCAAAACUAUUUGAAUACCAUCAACCCCCCGCCACACACACACACACACACACAAGAGAGACAAGGCAUGUGCUGAUGGUAAUGAGCAGGAGAUUACAGUCCAGCUGAGGAAAGGCAAAAAGAGAAGAAAAAACCCACAGGACUGAGCCACUGCGGAGCUCUUACUCCACUGGACACCCUCCCCCAAGCCUCUUUUUCUCUUGGGACUGCAUAAGGACCAGACAUUACUGAGCUUCUCUAGUCAUUCCAACCCUCCUCUGGCUGCAUGUACUGUGUGUGGCAGAGUCCACUCUUCACUGAAGAGGAGGCGCUUUUGUAAUAAUAAUUAUUAUAACAAUAAUACCUGUUCUCAGGAUUUAAGGCUGUCUAUCAGUUCUUUAUGAAUGUGUCUAACAAGCAACUACUUUACUAACUCUUUACUCAAACUCUCUCCACCUCAAGUGACAUGAGCUUGCCACUGAAGAUGCCAUAUGCUGUCAAUGUCCAGUGACAUGACUGUCAUGUUACUGUUUUUUUGUGGUUGCCAAGACAACCUGUGUCUUGUCUGUAUGACAGCGCCCUCCACCCCAUUUUUCAGAACGCUUCAGUCAAGUGUUUAUUGUUGCGAUGUUACCAAAACCGUCUGCCAGCACAUCUUUUUGGAACGUUGCUAAUUAACUAGCUAAACCAUCAUGUCAGUGUUAUGACAGAGGGGACCAGUGAAGUGGUUCCCAAUGGCCACAUAAUAUAGCAAUCUUUACAUUUAUCAACAGAAGUCUUUGAACAACUCUGAGAGAUUAUAUUAUGCCAUCUUCAAGUUGUCCCUUUGUCUUAAAAUACAAAUGACCAUUCAUGCUUCCCGUGUUAAGGUGAUUCCAAUACAUUUUUAUAGAUAUACAUAACAUCAAUAAAGCACGGCAGUGAAGCAA